AUGGGCGCCAAGUUCUCCAAGAAGGAGACCAAGUUGGCGCGGCGCGCGGCGGCGGAGGCGCAGGCGGCUCUGGAAGCCGCCGAGGAGAGAGACCAGGAGAACUUCUUGGAGCUAGUUUCUUGGCUCCAAGCGCGGGGCGCCUACAUCAACGAGGCCGUGGGCUUGGCCCGGAGCCCCUCGGCGGGCCGCUUCUUGCGUGCCAAGCGGGAGGUGCGGAACGGGGAGCUGCUGCUGGAGAUCCCCACGGCCUGCUGCUUCUCUGUGACCCCGGGCGCCUACGAGAAGCUCUUCGACGCCAAGCUCUGCGCCGCCCUGGAGGCCGGGGGCAUCCGAAAGGAGAUGGCGGAGCUGGCGCUGGCAUUGGCAGUGGAGAGGCGGCAGGGCGAAGCGACCGCUGACUGCCUGACCGAAGAGUCGGCCUGGCUGCCGUACGUGCAAAUGCUGGAGUGCACUCCCAGCUUUCCCCACUUCUACAAGGACUCGGACCUAGAUCUGCUGGAGAAUCCUCCCUUGAAGGAGUCCCUAGAGGCAAGAACCCGGGCUCUGCAGCUGCUGGCAGCCAAGAGCCGGAUGAACGAGGUGGACGUCAAGGAGGCCAUGCAGAUUGUUCUUGGCCGUGCCUUCACUUGCGACCUGCUGACCUGCAUGUUGCCGGUGGGGGACAUGCUGAACCACACCUUCUACCCCAGCUGCGAAGUGGAGGCCCCGUCCGUUGGCGCGGAAUCCUGGAAGCUGCGCUCGAAGAUGGACCUGCAGCCGGGGGAGGAGCUGAGCUGGUGCUACUGCGAGGACCCAAACCACUUGCUUCUCCAGGCUUCAGGCUUCGUGAUGCAGGAGAAUCCGCACAACCGGAUCAUGGCACGCCCCAGCGACCUACGUAAAGCCUUGCUCUCGGUGUGCAACGAGAAGAGCCCGGAGGACUUUGAUAAGGAGCGGCGCAAGAAGUUUAUAGAGGCUCUUCCAGAUCCAGAAGAGGAAGGGGUGGGGCUUAGCAUGUUUCUUGUAGGGCGUCAGCCUGGAGGAAUCCAGUGGAAUCCGCUUUGGCUUGAUCUCAUAGGCUUUGCUGUGACUGAGAGCCCGGACGCGCAGCAUUGGGGUAAGACUCCAGAAGGCACGAAGCACUAUUUCCAGGCCCUCGAGAAGGCCUCCUGGUCACUGUUCCCCAGAAAUCUGAAAGACGACACGGAGAGUUUCACCGAGAAGAACGAGGAGUUGGCGGCUGUGCUUCGCCGAGGGUACAAAAAGCUUUUGCAAGAGGCCUUGGACGGCUUGAAAACGCGCGACGUUUGGGAUCAGUUGGAGAAGGAGCUUCAGGCGCCGUUGGAUCCAGCAGCGCCGCUGCCUGUGAGAGCAGAGCACACGGACAAGGAGACAGCUGCAGAAGCGGAGGAGGUCAGCGAUGAUGAGUGGGGCAUCCAUUGGGAGAAAGGACAGGACUCAAAGCAGACCGAGGAAGUCCUAGACGAGAUCCAGCGAAAGGCUGCUGCUGCGGCCAAACAAGAGCCGGGCUGGGAGAAGUCGGAGAGGCCGCCGAAGCAGGAGGACGACGGGGAUUGGGAAUCCAAGGCAGAAUGGGAUGCGGGCGAGUAUGACACCGGGCAAGAUAAGAAAAAGAAGAAGGAGACCUGGGAGCCCGAUGAAACAUGGAGCGAGUGGGCCUCCAACUCCAAAGAGGCCUUGGCGGCGGAGUCCAUCGUGCGAAAGAUCCGUGGGCGGUCGGUGGAGCAGACAGAUAUUGCGCAGUUCCCCGACGAGACGGCGGUGCAGGCGUUCAAGGGCUGGGUCAACCGGCGGCUGCCAGAGCAGCGAAUGCUGCUGGCAGCCUUGCUUUGGCUGGAGGCUACCGCCUUGGAAGUGCAGCUUGUUCCGUCUGAUCUGAGUGCCAUCGCCCUUGGCCUUCUCUCUGGAGAGGGCAAGUUGGAGGCGCUGGACGCCGCGUGCCACGCGGUGCCGCACCAUCUCAUGUUGAGGAAGGCUGCGGCGGCCAUUCCCUCCGCGAAGCUCCGGAAGGAGAAGUCGGUGAAGGCUAUUGAGGAUCUGAAGAAGAACCUCAGCAGCCUGCUCGAGUAUGCGGAAUUCGAGAUAGAGGAGGACGACCUGGGUCGCCUGAUUGACGAGAUCUUCAUUGAUCAACCCACCACGGUGCGGGUCAUGGCCCUGGUGCACAUUUGCGAGUACCUCGAGCUGCUCAAGAAGCUGUGGGAUGACAAGGGGGACCUGGAAGCCUGUUUGGCGAAGCAGGUGAGCUUGGAGCGGGGCGUGGAGGUGGUUUGCCGUAUGGACUUGGACAUGGCCUGCAGCCUUGCCGAUCAGACUUUGAACAAGGACCUGGCGCACAUUCGCAAAGCGAAGAUCGCCUGCUUGAAUCGACUGGGCGUCGAAUGGCGCCUCGCUCCAGUGGAGGACCAUCUCAUGCGACUGCACAUGCUUCCUCUUGAGAGGCAGCUGCAGGCGCUGCUGGGCAUUGAGCGGGAUAUCGAGCGCAAGUGGUGCAUUCUCCUGCAGCAGGUCUCAAAGCAGGAGCGUAGCCAGCAACUGCGGGAGUUCUUGAACUUUGAUGAGCGCCUGAGGCCCUACCUACAGGAGGAGGACAUUCUGCCAGGCACCAAAAGGCAGCCCCUGGAGAACGAGAGUGGCAAGAGGGUGGAGACUACGGAGCUUGCCCUGGUGCGCCAAGGUGUCUCGGAAGUCUUCAAGAAGCUGAAGGCGAGAUAUCGCUGGAAGCCGGACAUGUCCUCACGUCAAGAGAUCUCCAAGUCCAACUGGGUCGCACGGCUGUCGGCGGUGCUACGCCUGGCCCAGGAGCCGAACUGUCUUUUCGCCGACAAGUUGCUGCGGAAGAUGCUGAUCGAGGACUGCACUAGGCACCUGGGCACAGAAGUCUACAGCCAGUACCAGACCUGGUCCAAGCUGGAGCAAGGCGAUGGCAUGUUGAUCAAGCGCAAGAAGCUCGCUUCGCAGGAAGUGAUCAUGCGUGUGAGGAGGCAGUAUGAGGAGACUACUACUCGGCCAUGCGAACGCCUGGUCUCCCGGGGGCCCAGUUCCAGCCUCAUACACCAGCAGGACUGGGAGUGGCGGCGAUGACUCCAGGCUUUGGGGCUGCCAUGACACCAGGUCUUGCCCCAGGAACGCCGGGCAUGGGGGCUGUCACCCCGGGUGUGCGCGCACCCACGCCCAACUGGCAGCCACCUGGGCUCACGCCAGUCUACAAGGAAAGCGAGGGCAACACUCCGCAGUGGCGUCCGCCUGCCACACCUUUGGGGCCGUCUGCCGGCACACCGCUAGGACCUGGUACAUCGGGAACCCCUGCGGGAGCACCGCCUCGUACACCAGCCAAUCUGCCGCCUCCUACCCCCAACGUGAAGACGGACGCCUCGCCCUUCACCCCGGGCAUGCCUGGCAUGCUGGCGCCCUUCACCCCGGGCGCUGCACCCUUCACCCCCGGCGCGCCCCAUACGCCCGCCCGCGGCUCCGGCUUCGGAGCCGCCUCGGCCGCGCCGGCGCCCAUGACGCCCCCCAACCUGAGGGAUGCGGUGAAAGCGGAGACUUG